AUGAGCAAAGCUACUAAAAAAUUUGUUGAACCUGAGACCAAGGUGAAUGGGAAGACUGACAUGGAACGUGUCGGGUUCUUCAAGGAAAUGGAAUACAUAAGUGUAGGCGACCCUUACGUUAAACCAGAUCCAGUUAACAAGAGAAAAAAAGUCCCGUGGAUUACACAGGGAGGCAAAACAAUAGGAGCCAAACAAGAUGGUUACUUCGCACCUGAGUUCCUAACGCACAAUGUUAAAACACCUUACACAACGCUGGAUCAAUAUUAUAGAGAUAAGGAAAAACUGUCUAAAAAAUUAGCUCUGGCUGGUCCAUUUAGAAAUGCUCCAAUUCAAAAAAUGGCUUGUGGCAAAGGAAGUUUCUGUGCGACGAUUAAUCCGUCUCCAGAAGCAAUGAGUCCCUUGACAAGAACAAAGCCUAAGGCUCCUUUCAAAUUUGCAUUCCUAACUUCGACUGGAAAGAAAGGAUGUGGAUACGGAUAUGUUGACGUGACGAUAAACAAAUACGUUCCUGUCUGUGAAGAAAUAUGCGGUGCCGUUUCAACCCGAAAGACUUCUAUAGAAAAGAACAUUGAAAAAAGGAUAGGAAAUGUUUUUCACACGGCAUUUUCAGGAAAUGAAUGUUUUCACCCGAAUCCGUAUGCUCUUACUAAGCCAAUCAAAAAAUCCAAACAUCCAUUUUCAACGACUUACAAUCAGUACCAUCAUCCAGCCAUAUUCUUCUACACAUCCCCAACGAAAAAGGACGGUGGAAUGAAGGCAGGAACGAUAAAUCCAUUCCCGUAUUACAACUCUGAGGUGUACCACGAUCCAAAGUUAUUCCCACUGAGAUAUAAAGAAAUAACAAACUCGUCAAACAAUAUUUACAUGCCCACAUCAUUUCCUAAAUCUGUUGUCCAACCUUCAAUUCUUCAGACUAAUUUGAACAAGUAA